GCGGCUGUAGCAGCAGAAUAUUUGGCUGUAAACAGAGGCAGUGCUGUUAUCUCGAUGCGAAACGCAGGCUUUUAGGAGACGCAGUGAAAGGUCCUCAUAUUGCAACUAUGUGUGGACGGAGCAGGACGGCCUCUCUGUGUCUGUGGGCUUGCUUGCUUGUCGCCAACAGUGUACUGGGUGGGAAAAGUUCUGGGCAGAACGGCAUGACAGAUGAACAGAAAGAUAACACUACAGUGUUCACCAAGAUCUUAGACAGCCUUCUGGAUGGCUAUGACAAUCGCCUCAGGCCAGGACUGGGAGAGCGUGUAACUGAAGUCAAGACUGACAUUUUCGUGACUAGUAUUGGGCCAGUUUCGGACCAUGACAUGGAGUACACCAUUGAUGUGUUCUUCAGACAGAGCUGGAAGGAUGAAAGGUUGAAAUUUAAAGGCCCAAUGGCCGUGCUGCGUCUUAACAACCUGAUGGCCAGCAAGAUCUGGACCCCCGAUACCUUCUUCCACAAUGGCAAGAAGUCGGUGGCUCACAACAUGACCAUGCCAAACAAGCUGCUGCGAAUUACAGAGGAAGGCACACUGCUGUACACCAUGAGGCUUACAGUAAGAGCAGAAUGUCCCAUGCACCUGGAAGACUUCCCUAUGGAUGCCCAUGCUUGUCCACUGAAGUUUGGCAGCUAUGCCUACACCCAAGCAGAGGUGGUGUAUGUGUGGACCAGAGGGGCUGCCCAAUCCGUGGUGGUGGCAGAGGAUGGGUCCAGAUUAAACCAGUACGAUUUGAUGGGGCAGAGUGUGGAUUCUGGUGUGGUGCAGUCCAGCACAGGACAAUAUGUUGUGAUGACAACACACUUCCACCUGAAGAGGAAAAUUGGUUACUUUGUGAUCCAGACAUAUCUACCCUGCAUUAUGACAGUCAUCCUCUCCCAAGUGUCUUUCUGGCUCAACAGAGAGUCCGUCCCUGCCAGGACUGUCUUUGGAGUGACCACUGUCCUGACCAUGACCACACUCAGUAUCAGCGCCAGGAACUCUCUCCCUAAAGUGGCCUAUGCCACAGCUAUGGACUGGUUCAUUGCUGUCUGCUAUGCCUUCGUCUUCUCAGCCCUCAUUGAGUUUGCCACAGUCAACUACUUCACCAAGAGGGGUUACGCCUGGGAUGGAAAAAGUGUGGUGCCAGAGAAGCAAAAGAAGAAGAAGGAGUCCCUCCUCAAGAAGAACAACACUACAGCCUACCCAGCUGCCACUGCUACAGCCUUCGCCCCCAAUAUUGCCAGGGACCCUGGAUUGGCCACUAUUGCCAAAAGCGCCCCACCACCCCCAACUGAGCCCAAGGAGGAGCCAAAGCCCAAGCCUCCAGAGGCCAAGAAGACCUUUAACAGUGUGAGCAAGAUAGACAGGAUUGCCAGAAUAGCCUUCCCUCUGCUCUUUGGAACCUUUAACUUGGUCUACUGGGCGACCUACUUGAAUAAGAAGCCCAAAUUGCAGGGGAUGAAUCCACACUAAUCCGUGUUUCAUUCCUUUACAAUUAUACCUGUAUUUUUUUUCAUUUUCUUUCUAAUUUCUUCAAAAACAGGUGUUUAUUUUUAUUUUCAGACAAACAUGGUGUCCAUGCUGGUUUGAAUUCCCAGUUGUUACAUUGCUUCUAUGUUUACCUAAAGUUUGAAGAUUUUGAAAAAAACAAAACAGAGGGAAAAAAAGACAGAUAAUGAUACAGACUUUUGAAAGGGUGUUGUUCAGGUCUCGGGUGAUGCUACUA